CUGGUUUCGGUAUAAUAGGUAUCUUCCAUGGCAGAAGAAGCUAUAAGAAUAAGGAGUUGACAUUCACAUAGACACAUACUCACAUAUUCACAAACACAGAAAGUGUUAAACCCUUUAACCAAAAGCUCCCACCAUGGCAUGGUCAAGCUCUUCUUCCUCUGGAACAUCCUCUCAGGGAAAACACGACGUGUUCCUCAGCUUCAGAGGCGAGGACACGCGCUACACUUUCACUGGGCACCUUCAUGCGUCCUUAACCAGACUCGAAGUGAACACAUACAUUGACUACAACCUUCAGAGAGGAGAAGAGAUAUCGUCCUCUCUUCUUAAGGCCAUCGAGGACGCAAAACUCUCUGUCAUCGUUUUCUCCAAAAACUACGGAAACUCCAAGUGGUGUUUGGAUGAGCUUGUGAAAAUACUCGAAUGUCGGAAGAUGAGGGGGCAGAUUGUGUUGCCCGUUUUCUAUGACAUAGAUCCCUCCCACGUGCGCAACCAGACUGGAACUUAUGCAGAAGCGUUUGAGAAACACGAGAGACAGUUGCCGGGUCAGAUGGAGAAGCUGCAGAAAUGGCGAGAGGCUCUCAGGGAAGCUGCUAAUUUUUCUGGUUGGGAUUGCUCUGUCACCAGGAUGGAAUCUGAAGUGAUCGAUAAAAUAGCAAAUGAUGUGUUGGAAAAGCUGAAUCGAGUGUAUGUUGGCGACCUAGAUCAGCAGAUUGCAAAGCUAGAGAAACUUGCACAACUGCAAUAUCAGUUUUAUACAAAGAUAAUUAGUGUAGAAAAUCUACAAAAUCAUAGGGCAACAGUUCAACGUCUCAAUGAACUUAAAAUGGAGAGAAGUGUGCGCAUGCUUCGCUUGUCACCUGAUAUGCUUUCACAUUUGACCGAUUCAAAAAGCAAUUCUAAUUAUUUCGACUUUUAACGUUCAAUGCUGUUAUUAUAUAUGAAGUUUCAAGGAAAUAAGAUUUUUCUUUUCAGAUAUUGUUGUUAAUCAAAGGAUGUAUCAGACCAGAUGCUUCCAACUGUUAUGAGAAACUUAAAUAUGGAUUGAUGUGUUUUACUUUGA